AUGUCGGUCGUCUCCCUACUCGGUGUGAAGAUCCUCAACAACCCAGCGACCUUCACGUCGCCCUAUGAGUUUGAGAUCACCUUUGAGUGCCUCGAGCAGCUUCAGAAGGAUCUGGAAUGGAAACUGACCUACGUCGGAUCCGCCACCUCCUCUGAAUAUGACCAAGAACUGGACUCUCUCCUGGUCGGCCCGGUCCCUGUGGGCGUGAACAAGUUUAUCUUCCAAGCCGACUCGCCCGAUCUGAAGCGCAUCCCUACCUCCGAGAUCCUCGGGGUGACCGUCAUCCUGCUCACCUGCAGCUACGACGACAGGGAGUUUGUCCGCGUCGGCUACUACGUGAACAACGAGUAUGACUCGGAGGAGCUGGUGGCGGAUCCCCCUGCGAAGCCGAUCAUUGAGCGCAUCCGCCGCAAUGUCCUCGCGGAGAAGCCGCGUGUGACUCGGUUUGCCAUUAAAUGGGACUCGGAGGAUUCUGCGCCUGCGGAGUACCCGCCUGACCAGCCCGAGGCCGACAUUCUGGACGACGACAGCAACGCAUACGGUGCUGAGGAAGCAGAACUCGAGGCGGCUCUCGUCAAGGAACUCGCCGAGGCCGACAAGCAGGGCGACGGCGAGGACCAGGAGAUGGAGGGUGCCGAGGGCACUGCUGGCAAGGAGGAUGAAGAAGAGGACAUCUCAGAUGCCGAGAGCGAAGAUCUCGAGGAGGAGAGCGACGAUGAUGAGGAUGAGCUGGACGAGGAUGAGGCUGGUGAAGGUGACGAGGAUGUCGAGAUGGGCGAUGAUGCCGAGCACAAGGAUGAGACUGCCAACAAGGCUGCUGCUCCUCAGGCUCAGCCUGAAGUCAUGGUCCACUAG